CCCUCGCUCUCUUCCUCUCCCUCUCUCUCCUUUCCGUCGAGCCUUGGUGAAUUAAAAAACAACAUAGGAGAAUUGUGUUUGUUCGGCCAAGAGGAUUAUUUUUCUGGUACCUUAAUAGUUUUCCAAUAAAAUCGCCUUUGACACUUUGUAAAUCUUUAUUUGGAGGACCUGCUGCUGGAUUUUUCUCCAAAGGAAAGUUCUUUCCAUGAGAUUCCAGUUCCCCGCGCGCAACAGUACUUGAUCUCGGCGGGAGGAAGCGGACGAAAGGAAGAUGGCCAUCCACGUCGAGGGUAUCGUGGCUAUCGUGAUCUUCUACGUCCUGAUUCUGUUUGUUGGGAUCUGGGCCGCGUGGAAGAACAAGAACUCCGGUGUUGGCGUAGACCAGAGCGAGCGCAUCAUGGUCGGGGGAAGGGACAUCGGAUUGUUCGUUGGUGGAUUCACAAUGACCGCCACUUGGGUGGGUGGGGGCUACAUUAAUGGGACAGCAGAGUAUGUCUACCUGCCGGACUACGGCCUUGCUUGGGCGCAGGCACCCUUUGGAUACGCUCUCAGCCUGGUAGUAGGUGGGCUUUUCUUUGCCAAGCCCAUGCGUUCACGUGGAUACGUCACCAUGCUGGAUCCCUUCCAGCAGCUGUAUGGAAAAAGGAUGGGCGGCCUGCUCUUCAUCCCUGCACUCAUGGGGGAAAUCUUCUGGUCUGCAGCCAUUUUAUCUGCCCUGGGUGCCACUCUGAGUGUGAUCGUGGACAUAAAUAUCAACAUGUCGGUGGUGAUCUCAGCCCUGAUAGCUAUCUUUUACACGCUUGUUGGAGGACUCUACUCUGUUGCAUACACAGACGUGGUCCAGCUCUUCUGUAUCUUUCUGGGCUUGUGGAUCAGCGUGCCUUUUGCCCUGUCCAAUCCCGCCGUGUCGGACAUCAGUAUUACAGCCAAGGAAGUAAUCUACCAGUCACCCUGGCUGGGCAAGAUCGAGCCUGAAGACAAAUGGCUCUGGGCGGACAACUUCUGUUUGCUGAUGUUGGGGGGGAUUCCCUGGCAGGUCUAUUUUCAACGGGUUCUUUCUGCCUCUUCAGCUACCUACGCCCAGGUCCUUUCCUUCCUCGCUGCCUUCGGCUGCUUGGUCAUGGCCGUCCCCUCUGUCCUCAUAGGAGCUAUAGGGGCCUCCACUGACUGGAACCAGACUUCUUAUGGGUCGCUCGCUCCGAAGGAUAAGGAUCAGUCAGACAUGAUCCUUCCCAUCGUGCUUCAGCACCUCUGCCCGCCUUACAUCUCCUUCUUUGGUCUGGGCGCGGUGUCGGCUGCGGUCAUGUCAUCGGCAGACUCAUCCAUUCUCUCAGCCAGCUCCAUGUUUGCCAGGAACAUCUAUCAGCUCGCCUUCCGGCAGUCGGCGUCAGAUAGGGAGAUUGUUUGGGUGAUGCGCUUCACCAUCUUUGUAUUCGGAGCUCUUGCCACUGCUAUGGCGUUGCUAACAGGAUCCGUGUAUGGCCUGUGGUACCUGAGCUCCGACUUGGUCUACGUCAUCAUCUUUCCCCAACUUCUCAGUGUGUUAUUCGUCAAGGGCACCAACACCUAUGGCUCUGUGGCUGGCUACAUCUUUGGUCUUUUGCUGCGCAUUGGUGGAGGGGAGCCCUAUCUCAAACUCCCCCCCUUCAUCUACUACCCCGGUUGGGUGACCCAGGAGAGGAUCCACCACGUCACUGGGGAUAUAGAGCACUUUAUCCAGCAGAGGUUUCCGUUCAAGACUAUGUCCAUGCUGGCAUCCUUCUUGGCAAAUGUGGCCUUUUCUUACCUGACAAAGUACCUGUUUGAAAGCGGUACUUGGUCACACAAGUAUGACUUCCUGGACGCCGUGGUGUCCAAGCAUAGCCAGGAGAUCAUGGACAAAGCCACACUGGUGAGCAACCAAGACAACAUCAUUCUUUCAGAGAUGGCGCCCGUCAAGCAGGUCCUGGGUGCGUCACUCGCUGGGACAUUCAUCAACACUGAGGUCCUCAGUGAUGAUGGGGCAUCCAGUCCAGAGGCUUUUCACAAUGAAAACUAGGCAACAAAGGCACAAAGAAUACUAGAACCAAGGGAUUUAAAGAAGAAGGAAUAAUCGAAGGGGCAUCCACAUUCUUCAGGACACUUGCUACUGCCGCACCAGAAGCCAAAUCAACAGAAAUCUGCUGUGGCUUCCGAGUGACUCCACAAGUUUGUUUUAUGCUGAUUACAUGGUGCCUCCUUCUUUUUUAAUAUCCCUUGCCUAGAACCAGGAAGAUGACAGAUUAGCUGUGUCGAGCAUAACAUACUCAUUCUUUUUUUUUCAAAUUGUGACUCUGUGAAUCUAAAACCACUACAAUCAUUUUAAUUUAAGUGCUGCAACCAUGAGGAACUUUCAGGGGAAAAAUAGUGGCUGCUGUGUACAAUGACGUCUUCAAGGGUUUGCUGCGGGUAAUGAGAAUAGUGCAAUAUCUAACAAAGGAAUUGUGUCCACGUCGAAAUAGCAGUGUGUGUGUGUGUGUGUGAGUGUGUGUGUGUGCUUGAGUGUGGCAACAAAGCAGUGAAUAUACUGAAACCUUUUCACAGACUGUGAGGUUUAAUUUGGCAUAGAGUCAAUUUAUUAAUAGCAAUAAUAUUUGUAGGAUCUAUGUUGUAUAGAUAGAUACAUUGUACUGAAUGUUUAGGUUACUGUCUUUCCUUUUAACUUGAAGACCAAGAUAUUUCUUAUUUUAUGUUCACCUUGCUCUUAAUCCUCCUGUCAAUCUCGCUAAUUCCAGACUCAAAAAGUGCUGAUUUAAGAACCACAUGCCACCGUGAUAUUACCAAACUCGCCAAACAGAAGGUUGAUAUUGGAUGAUUCUGCAGAUUCCAUUCAGUCUUGACAGUUUCAACGUUCACUGUCAACAUGUUUGAAAUUCAUAGUCCAAUGCAACAUCCCCGUGUUGGAGCUACAAUAUGGUUGAGGUAAAAUCAAGGUCCACGUUAGGAAUGUAAGUCUAAUAUUCACUCCGACAGAGCCUCAGCUUUUGUUACACACCACCCUGAUGUUUGCAGAUUCACGUAUUCAAUAUACAGUAAACCUGGAUUGUUUAAUGUUUUUCCUGUGUACUUUCCAAGCAGCCAUUGGCUUCCAUUCAUUUCCAUACGUUAUGAAAAUCAAUUUGCAAUCUUUGUCUUUGUCAAACUUACGAUUGUGUUGUGCAUCUUUGAAUUAAUGUGCAUUUAUAACUGCAUUUACGAUAACAUUGACAUCAAUUAAAGCACAUAUGAUGUUUUUGGAAGCUCAUUUUCACACACAUAUAUAUGUAUAUAUAUAUUUAUG